AUGAAAAAGAAACUCGAAAAGGCCAAGGAACUGUGGCCGGAAAUGCUACCAGAAGUGUUAUGGGCAUACCGCACCUUGCCAAAGACGAGCACAGGGGAAAUGCCAUACUCACUAGUAUAUGGAACUGAUGUAAUGAUACCAGUCGAGGUCGGGGAGCCCAGCUUGAGAUACUCAAAUGAAAGCGGGCAAAGCAACAACGAGAACAGAAGGCAAGACCUCGAUGAAGCCGAAGAGCGAAGAGACAUGGUCUACAUAAGAAUGUUAGCUAAAAAACAACAGGCAAAGCGGUACUACAACAAAAUAGCCAAAAUCAAGCCAUUCAAAAUUGGGGAUUACGUACUCAAAGCCAAAACACAAGCAAGCAAAGAUCCACGAGAAAGCAAACUGGGAACCAACUGGGAUUGCCCAUAUAAAAUCACGGCGGCAGCAAGCAAAGGGUCGACCAAUGAAGGGACUAGAUGGACUGGGACUUCAGGAAAACAUGCAAACUUCUCCAACAUAUGUAAACUUCUCCAACACAUGUAA